AUGCCUUGUGACCCGCAGGCCUUCGCUCAAUUUUUCCGGGCGUUUGAAACAUUCUAUAGGCAAUGUAGGCCUGGGGCUUUAGCUCCCCCCGUCCCCGACCCAUCACAGGAUGUUAUACCAGACACACCGCCCAGCAAUCAAGGGCAGCUGGGAAUGCCAGGACCAGCAGGGGCCAGUGCCCAAGCCGAAACGUCCAAUAUGAGUCGUCCUAAUACUCGUGCCCAAGCAGCCAUUUCUAGGAGGGCCAAUCAAUGCACGGGAAAAGGUAAGGCACCGUCAAAAGUCCCUGGCAAGGGUAAGGCCACUUCCAAAGGUUCGAGCUCCAAUACCUUCUCACAGGCGGUAGACAUUCCUAGUGUGUUUCAGGAACAGCAACCCCAGCAUAGCUCUACCGAGGACAGUGAGGGUUCCGGCUUAGAGGAAGAGCGCAGGGAACACCAAGUGGUUCAGCCAGUGGCCGAGGCGAAUUCGGCCAUCGUCGAGGUCCAGGGCGGCAAACGGAAGUCCAAGAAGAAGCACACGUCCGCCAAGAAGAAGAGGAGCAAGCAGUCCAAGACGGAGGACGAGACAGGUACGUCAUCUUCUGAUUCGGACAGUGACGGCCCCAUGGAUGGUUACUGGGGUUUGGGAGAAGGGAAUCACGGGAUCCCACUUUGGGCUCACGAAAGGAGGGCCAAUUCACACCGUAAAACGUUUAAUGGAGUACUGGAUUGGAAGGAUGGGGCCUUGGUUGAGGAUGUAAAGGUGGCCACCAACCAGUCCACUGAUUUUAUAUUGGGGAAUCAUUUGUCCCAGAAGAAGAGGAAUAAGAUCCUCAAUGGUGAUUAUGUGGACAUGUUUACCCUGCUCCCUCCAACAAAACUGUUAGGUAAAGGUGAAAAGAGGCGAUCUUCUGGUAAAGGAAGAUACAGGACCCCCAGGGCUGAGCGCACCUUCGAGAACUGGUUGGACGGGUACCAGGUUUUCAUGGGUGUUGUUUGCGCGGCGUAUCCUCGGAGAUCCAUGGAUUUGGUUGCUUAUUUAGCUCAUGUGAGGCUGGCUCACUCGCUCGCGGGGGAGCAUGCCGCUUUAACAUAUGACGAGAAUUUCCGUAGAAAUGCUUCUCUCCUCCCUACCACCCGAUGGGACCUAACGGACCCUAACUACUGGGGCGAGGACGUUAAUCCAUACAUUGAAAAGAAAAAUCCGGGAUCGACAUCGACCAAGGCGGGUAAGACAGAGGUGAAGCGGCGUCGCCUCUGCUGGGAGUUCAAUAGGGGUGUAUGCUCCAGACCCUCCUGUAAGUAUUUACACGAAUGUGACAGGUGCUGGGGUAAUCACCCCGCCUCCUCGUGCUUUAAGAACAAACAGCAGCCCUUUCGGGGGGGGCAGGGGGUACUUCCACAACAACAAUAGAGGUGCCCCCGGAUCUUCCCACCAGGGACCCGGCAAUCGCCAGUAACCCGCAUCUUGGCCUGGCCUUCUCCCCCGUUCGUCUCCGGCCCCUCAAAACCCUGCUCGAUCAAUACACUAACCGCAAAGCCGCGCAAUACCUGUGGGAGGGGUUUUCAGAGGGUUUCAGAAUCCCAGUGGCUUUUCCCUCUAACACCGGGGAUCCACAAAAUCAAAAAUCUGUUAGGGAGAGGCCCGAUAUAGUCAGGAAAAAGAUUGAGAAAGAAAUUAGGGCAGGUCGGGUGGCUGGCCCUUUCGCCAAGCCCCCUUUGGAAGAUCUUCACUUAUCCCCCCUGGGUAUUGUACCGAAAAAGACCCCGGGGGAGUUCCGCAUGAUACACAACCUCUCGUACCCAAGGGGAGGCUCAGUCAAUGACGCGAUUCCCCCUGAGCUUUGUACAGUCAAAUAUGCCUCCUUCGACCAAGCAGUAAAAAUGAUUCGCAGAUUCGGUAAAGGUGCGCUUCUAGCUAAAUGUGACAUCGAGUCGGCAUUCCGCCUCCUGCCUGUCCACCCAGCUGACUUCCGUUGGCUGGGCUUCAGAUUUGAGGGGGCAUAUUUCAUUGACAAGGCAAUGCCUAUGGGCUGCUCCGUGGCUUGCUCAGCCUUCGAGUCGUUCAGUACGUUCCUUGAUUGGGCCUUACGCUUUAGGACAGGUUUGUCGGGCGUGUCGCAUUACUUGGAUGAUUUCAUUUUAGUGGCAGAGGACGGCCAGCGAUGCUCCGCCCUCCUGGAGGCUUUCACAGCCCUGGCCGAGGAGCUGGGAGUUCUGCUAGCUGCCGAUAAAACAGAGGGUCCAGCCACGUCCUUGGUCUAUCUAGGCAUUGAAUUAGACACCGUCGCCCAGACAUCCAGACUGCCCAGGGAUAAACUGGACGCGCUUAGAGCUCUUAUACAACAGCUACUGCCACUGAAGAAAGUUACCCUAAGGCAAAUUCAAUCCCUGCUGGGGCACCUAAAUUUUGCCUGCAGGGUUGUGUCCCCGGGUCGCCCCUUUUGCGGUCGUCUAGCAAGAUUGUCUGCGGGGCUCAGGGCCCCACAACAUAGGGUGCGCCUCUCCAAAGAAGUCAAGGCGGACCUGGGCAUUUGGCUUCAAUUCCUCGACAAAUACAACGGUAUAUCCUUGUGGCAGGAUUCCAUGGCUCUCGGUGCCGAUUUCCAGGUCCACUCGGAUGCAGCAGGUUCACUGGGUUUUGGAGUUUAUUUCAGGGGUCAGUGGUGUGCCCAAAAGUGGCCUGCAGACUGGCGGGGACAGCCCAUUACUUGGGACCUUACUUUCCUGGAAUUUUUCCCCAUCGUGGUAGCCGUGCAUCUUUGGGCAGAGCAGUUCUGCAAUCGCAGGGUUUGUUUUAACACAGAUAACCAGGCCGUAGUAGGGGUCCUUUCUAGGCAGUCUGCGCGUUCCACCAGGGUAGGAAACUUGUUGAGGUCCUUUGUCCUCCUUUGCCUGGAAAAGAAUAUAUAUUUUUCGGCCAAAUUCGUGCCUGGCAGCAAUAACGACAUUGCGGAUGCUCUGUCUCGUUUCCAGAUGGAGCGCUUUCGCUCACUAGCCCCGGACGCGGAGCAAUCAUCGAUGUCUUUCCCGGAGCAUCUCUGGAGCCUUGGGAACAGGAAGUGAUGAAGGGAGUAUUCGGUGCAGUUGCCCCCUCCACAAUGAGAUCGUACACCAAGGCUUGGGCGGAUUUUUUAAAGUUUCGUGGCAAAAUGCACAGCUCCAGGCAGAUAGGGGGGCCCUCUUGCGGUUGCCAGCCGCAGGAGCGAGUGGCCCCUGUCCGGUGAGGGAUAUGAGGUGUUUUCUCUACCUAAGACCCAACUGCCCCGGCCCUCUGUUUAUUCACGUGGACGGAUCGCUUUUGGCCAGGCAUCAGUUUACACGGGUGAUGCGCUUGGCGUUGGCAGCAUGCGGGCUGCCCGCUGCCGAGUUUGCGGCUCACUCUUUCCGGAUCGGGGCAGCAACCACGGCUAUGCACAUGGGGCUCUCGGCAGAGAGGAUAAAGGACUUAGGGCGGUGGAAGUCUGAUGCAUACAAAGCCUACUUGAGAAAGAACCUUUGACUAGCGAUCGUUCUCCUGACCCUGGUUUCUAUGUCUAUUUGCUUUGCAGAUUACAAGCGGGUACGCAUUUGGUUGGUGGGCCACAGCAUCGUGUACUGGGCCAGGAAUCGUGCCAUGUCUACCGGGUUGGGUCCAAACUUGAGCUUGCCUGAGAAUGUGGAGCUGGUGUGGAUAGCGCGAAGGGGCAUGCACUGGAGCGAAUUCAAGCCAGUUGUAAUGGCGAGAGCCGCCCUGGAUGGCCCUCCUGAUGCUCUGGUCGUCCAGUUGGGGGAAAGCGACCUGGCCUACCGCAAAGCUAUUGACUUGAGAUGGAACAUUUUUGACGACUUUGCUGAGCUGAGGGCAGCUUACCCUAAUAUUGCUAUCUUGUGGUCCUCGUUGCUUGAGAGGAGGACCUGGAGGGAUUGUGUGAGCCCGGUUGGAAUCAAUAAGGCAAGAAAGGUCUUGGAACGGGCUGUGGAACAUAGAGUGGCAGCUCUGGGUGGGUGUGUCAUCGGACACCCAGGCAUCCAGUUCAGCAACGAGGCCCUCUACAGAUGGGAUGGCGUGCAUCUGUCAGAUUCUGGGAACGACAUUUGGCUUGGGGACAUCAUAGCAGGGAUUAGGAGUUGGUUGCAGGUUUGAAGGUAUUGGCGGCGAGCUUCGCUCGAGUGGCGGUUAGGCAUUGGCAGGGGUUUAUUGUUAUGCAAAUGACUGGGGGGGAAGGAAGCGCCAUCACCUUCCCCCAUGGAAAGGGUAGUCCGGUAGAGGACUCCGGGGGGCGUUGCCUUGUCCGAAACCUAGGGAGGUAAGGGCCCCCGGCACGCCCCCGAGCGGUGACACCCGUGGGAUCCUAGUUGGCGUACUUCAACAGGACUCCCACGGUUUGUGGUUAACCCUUCCCGGCCUGCUUACCGGGUAGUCGAUAGGAGCCAAUGCCUAAGGCCAAUACCUUUCAACUCUGUAAUCAAUAAAGUUGUGGCCUUUUAAUGCCCAUUAACCUUAUAUAAUGUGUCCGGUGUCUUCUUUUCACAUGGGGGAGGGGUCUUGCCACGCAACAGUGUCCACCUAGGGGGACUUUUUGAAAUUGCAACAAGGGAAUUUUCCACUGGUAAACAGGAAUAGCCUAUCUGAGAGUGACCUUGGCUUCUACAUUGUUAUGGCAGAUGGGAAAGAAAAACUAGACGCGUCAGUUUUGAGGUCUGGGAAAGCCUGGGGGCACCGAAGGCAAUCAUCUGCUGGUUUGCCUACAACAGCAACACACGCUAAGUCCAGUGGAAUGGCAGAAGAAGUUCUAGCAAAUGCAUUGGCCAGGAUUAAUGAAACUUUAUUACAACUUAGUACAAAGGUCGAUGAGACAAAUAAAAAGGUUGAAGAAACGAAUAAGAAAGUUGAUACUGCAAAUAAAAAAAUUGAUCUAAACACAGAAACAUUAGACAAUUUGGGGGAAAAGGUGAAUAGUAAUACAGAAUCUAUUCAGAAAUUAUUGCAGGAAUCGAAGUCGACACAGGAAAAAACUGCUGCCGUGGAAUUCAAAAUAGAGCAGCUGGAAACUGAGAAGGUCCCUGGCCUACAGAAGGAAAUUGCAGAUCACAAGCUGACGCUGUCUAUGAUCGAACUGAAAGAGAAACAGACGAAUUUAAGAAUUAGAGCUAUUCCUGAGCUGGAGACGGGCACCUUGACAGAUUUUUUGACACAAGAAUUUGCAGAAUUUUGGAAAUCAGAACUGAAACAAGAAGAUUUUAAGAUCGUGAGGGCCUUCAGACUGGGAAAAGGAGGAAAAAAGAUUAAAAUAAGGGAUUGCCUGAUUACCCUCCGAUCUAAAGAAGAAAGGGACAAAAUUUUGGGUUUGCAUUACCAGAAACCUUUGAUAAUUCUGCAAUCAAAAGUGGAAAUCUUCAAAGACAUACCGAAACACCUAUUGGAUUUAAGACAAGACUUUGGAGACUUGGUGGCCCUGCUGAGAAAAAGUAAGAUCCUCUUCAGGUGGGAAUUCCCUCAAGGCCUAUCCUUUAGUUUUAAAGGAAGAAAGAUAAAGAUAAGAUCAGUGGAGGAAAAAAAUAAGUUCUUGAGCACAUACGAAGAAGACCUACAGAAAGGACUUGGAAAAGAGCCUGCCGUACUGGACAAGAGUCUACAAAAAAAAGGGAAAUUAACGCCACCGACAGAUAUAGACAAACUACUGGGGGCUGUUGGGGGAGAAGGAGAGUAAGUACACCAUGACACUGCAAGUAUUAAGUUGGAAUGUUAAUGGACUGAACUCUCGGGGGAAAAGGGGGAGAGUAUUUCAUAUAUUAAAAAAAGAACAUUUGGACUUGAUUUGUUUACAAGAAACGCAUGUGACAAGGCUACAUCGGAAAAUUUUGAUUAAUAAAAGAUUGGGAGAAUAAUUUAUUUCAUCAGAUAACGUUAAAAAAAGAGGAGUAGUACUAUAUGCAAAGGAAAGCCUGUCACCGAAAUUUUUAUUUAAAGAUGACCAAGGAAGAUUUAUUGCAAUUGAAAUACAACUCCAUGGUCAGAAGUUUUUGACAUUAGGCAUCUAUGCACCAAAUGAGGGAAAAUCAGAAUUCUUUAAGAAAUUGCAUGAAAUCUUACUGGACUAUUUGGAUUACAACAUAAUUUUGAUGGGAGAUAUGAAUGGAGUCGUGUCUACGAAUAUGGAUAAAGCCCAAAGACAAACGGUGACGAAAGAUGGCAGACUACCAAAGACAUUUUUUGAAAUGACUGACAAUAUGGAUCUUGUAGAUAUUUGGAGAACAAAGAACCCCUUGGAAAGAGAAGGAACCUUCUUCUCUGAAGCUAAAAUGACAUGGACAAGAAUAGACCAAAUUUGGAUAAGUAGGGGACUGGCCCCGAAGAUUUAAAAAAGCGGUAAUUUGCCCUAAAAUUUGCUCUGAUCAUAAUCCAGUGAAGAUGGAAAUGACAUUAACGCCAAUUGGAUCUUUCAGAUGGAGGAUGAAUGACUCCCUGUUUAGGAACGAGGAAAUUAUCAAAAAGGCCCAGAAAAACUUGAGAGACUAUUUUGAGAUAAACAUGAAUACCACGACUGAAAAAAGAGUGAUUUGGGAUGCAAGUAAAGCAGUUAUGAGAGGGUUUCUGAUACAACAAAAUGCAAUUAGGAAAAGAGUUCAAAAUGAGAAAAGGGAAAAAAUCUUGGAGAAAAUAAAGGAUGGAGAAAAGAGACUGAGGAUGAAACCGAAUUCACAGGAGAUUUUAAAAGAGAUAAAGCUAUAUCAAGUACAAUAUAUGAAACUGACAAAUCAGGAAACAGAAUGGAAGAUCAAACAGAUGAGACAAAAGACAUUUGAAUCAGCGAACAAGUGUGGGAAAUUGCUGGCAUGGCAAAUGAAAAAAAGACAAAAACUUAAUACUAUUACGAACCUGGUAGUAGAAGGAAAGAGCAUACAGAACCCUGCGGAGAUUAGAAAGUGUUUUCAGAAGUACUUUAAACAACUAUACACGCAGGAGAUCCAGAAAGAAAUAGACAUUGAUCGGUUUUUGAGAACAAAUGGAUUACAAAAAAUCUCUCAAGAGAGUAAAUCAAUGUUAAACUGUAUAAUAACUGACCAAGAGGUGGAAGGAGCCAUUCAGGACAUGAAAUUGGGCAAAUCUCCAGGGCCAGAUGGUUUGACUGCAAAGUACUAUAAAUCUUUGAAAGAAUGGUUAAUACAGCCUUUGAAAGAAGUUUGCAAUGAAAUAUUGGGGGGGGGGGGGGAAGGCACCCAAGUCGUGGAAAGAAGCUUAUAUUACACUUAUACCAAAAACAGAAGCGGAAAAGACACAGCUUAAGAACUACCGUCCCAUAUCUCUACUUAAUGUGGAUUACAAAAUUUUUGCGGAAAUUAUGGCUAAGAGAUUAAAAAAGGUAUUGGUGGAAGAAAUCCAUAAGGACCAAGCGGGCUUUCUCCCAGGGAGGCAUUUGUCAGAUAAUACGAGGAAUAUAAUUAACAUUUUAGAAAAAUUACAAGUUAAUAUUAACACUAAAGCAGUAUUAAUAUUUGUGGAUGUGGAGAAAGCCUUUGAUCAUAUUUCUUGGAGUUUUAUGAAGAAAAAUUUACAGGGAAUGGGGGUAGGCCAAGGUUUUGAAAACGGUAUAGGUGCAAUUUAUUCAGAACAAAAAGCUAAGUUGAUUGUAAACAACGUGGUUACAGAAGAGUUUAAGAUUGAGAAAGGAACAAGACAGGGUUGCCCAAUCUCCCCAUUGCUUUUUAUAUCGGUCCUGGAGGUUUUGCUUAACAUGAUCAGGAAAGACCAAUUGGUUAAAGGUAUACAACUCGGAGCUAAACAGUAUAAAUUGAAAGCUUUUGCUGAUGAUUUGGUUUUGACAUUACAGGAGCCAGAAUCCAGUACUAAAAGAGUAUUGCAAUUAAUUCAAGAAUUUGGUCAAGUAGCUGGAUUUAAGUUGAACAAGGUGAAAACCAAGGUGUUAGAGAAAAAUCUUACAGAGAUUGAGAAAGAGAGGUUUCAGAAGGAGACAGGUUUAAUAUUGGUUAAGAAAGUGAAAUAUCUAGGGGUUCAUAUGACUGCUAAAAAUGUGAAUUUAUUUAAAGAUAAUUAUGAAAAAUGCUGGAUGGAAGUGAAAAGGAUUUGGAAAUAUGGUCAAAAUUGAAGUUAUCAUUGUUGGGCCGAAUUGCUGUGAUAAAGAUGAAUGUCCUGCCUAGGAUGUUGUUUUUGUUUCAAACAUUGCAGAUUUUGGACAAGAUGGACUGUUUCAAGAAAUGGCAGAGAGAUAUUUCGAGAUUUGUCUGGCAGGGCAAGAAGCCUAGAAUAAAAUUUAAGAUUUUAACUGAUGCUAAAGAAAGAGGUGGAUUUGCCUUGCCAGAUCUUAAACUUUAUUAUGAAUCAGCCGCAUUUUGCUGGCUGAAAGAUUGGCUGCUUCUUGAAAACACGGACAUUUUGGAUCUAGAAGGUUUUAAUAAUGUCUUUGGGUGGCAUGCAUAUUUAUGGUAUGACAAGGUUAAAGCACAUAAGGCCUUUAAGAACCAUAUUGUCAGGAAAGCAUUGUUUAAUGUCUGGGUGAGAUAUAAGGAUUUGUUAGAAAGUAAAACACCAAGGUGGCUGUCACCAAUGGAGGCUAAGGCUCUGAAAAAAAUCAAUAUGGAGACAAAUUGGCCAAAAUAUUGUGAAAUUUUAGAACAAGAUGGAGAUAGAUUAAAGCUGCAGAGCUUUGAUAAAUUAAAAACUAAAGUUCGAGACUGGCUUCAUUAUUAUCAAAUAAGGGAGGCUUAUAAUUUAGAUAAGAAGAUUGGCUUCCAGGAGGAAAAAUCAAAAUUGGAAACAGAAUUUUUAGAUCCUAAAACUAAGAAUUUAUCAAGAAUGUAUAACUUGCUGUUGAAAUGGAAUACACAGGAUGAAAUGGUUAAAUCUGUUAUGAUUAAAUGGGCACAAGACUUUGGACAUAACAUUAUGUUUGCUGACUGGGAACAGUUAUGGACCACAGGUAUGAAAUUUACGGCUUGUAAUGCCUUAAGAGAAAAUAUAAUGAAAAUGAUUUACAGGUGGUACUUAACCCCAGUCAAGCUAGCAAAAGUCUAUCAUCUGCCAGACAGUAAAUGCUGGAAAUAUAAAGAGACUGAGGGUACAUUUUUUUACCUUUGGUGGACAUGCCCAAGGAUUAAGGCUUUCUGGGAAAUGAUAUAUAAUGAAUUGAAAAAGGUAUUUAAAUAUACCUUUCUGAAGAAACCAGAGGCCUUUCUUCUGGGCAUGGUCGGCCAAUUGGUACGAAGGGAGGAUAGAACUUUUUUUAUGUAUGCUACAACAGCAGCAAGAAUACUCAUCGGGAAGUACUGGAAGACACAAGAAUUGCCCACCCGAGAAGAAUGGCAGAUGAAAGUGAUGGACUACAUGGAACUGGCUGAGAUGACUGGCAGAAUUCGAGAUCAGGGAGAAGGGUCGAUGGAAGAAGAUUGGAAAAAAUUUAAAAUAUACCUUCAAAAAUACUGCAAUAUAAAAGACUGUUAGAAAGAGGUUGGAAAAAGAAAAUUAGGUCGUUCUGGUAGAUAUGAUAUAAAGGAUUAAGUAAAAAUGAGUUGAUUAAAUUGAUGAAACAGAGGAGGUUUAAUCACAUUAUUUAAAUUUUAAAAUACGUAAAUGAAAAUAAGGUUAGAAGGAUUUGCUGGAAAUACGAUUUGAACUAGAAUACAAAAUUGGGAGGUGAGAGGAGGUCAUGGAAAUAAGUUAAAGGGAAAAGUGAAGGGAAGUUCUCUUUCUGCAGUUCUCUUACUGCGAAGUUCUCUUUCUGCAGUUCUCUUACUGCACAUAACUCUUGCAUUCUGGGAAGUCUCGCUCAUAAUCUUUUCUCUGCUUCUGCACAAGAGUCUGAGAAUGUUCUGAACAGUUCCCAUUGAGUUCAUGAAACAGUGUAUCCUGACCUGUUUUUAAUGCAUUGCUGACCACAUCUACGGAACGUGAUUGUUGUAUUCCUUCAUGUUAUGUUCUUUCAAUAUCAAUCUUUAGUUAUAAUUUAAUUAGGAGGUUUCAUGCCUGUCUAGUUUCAGCUCCGUUUCCCAGUCUUUGAUCUAUCAGUAAUAAAUGGUUGUAUGUAAUUCCCGCCUUGUACCUAUGUUAACCAAUCAGCAACAAGAUGCUUUGUGUUUGUAUCAACCAAUCAGCCACAAGCACACCUGUGGCAAUGUUUGUAAUAUUCAAUAAAAGAGAGUUCCCGGGGCUUGCCCUGGGGAGACGCCUCUCACAUGACACCUACCACUCGUCUGUCGUGAUUUCAACCCAACAUCUGGUGACCCCUGACGUGCCAGAUCCCUUACGCAGCCAGCCCUCAUACUUCACCCGACUGGAAAAGUCUCAGCGCGCUACUUCGUGAGUAUGGGAGGGGAAUUGACUAAAUUCCAGAAAGAGCAUGCUAAAGAAUUGCUUUAUUUAGUUAGACAGCGGGAGGUGGGUGUUAAUAUUUCCUUAAAAGUAAUUGAACAAUUGCUACAUGAGAUCGCUUUAGAAUGUCCCUUCUAUCCAGAGGCUGGUUCUUUGGAGGUAGAGACUUGGCAAAAAAUCGGAAAGACCCUUUUUGCUGAACCUAGGGCUCCGAUUCAUUGUCUGCUCACUUGGCAGAAAUGUGCAGAUGCCGUUGCUACUUUACCCCAGGCGUCUCGCUCGGCUCCUGCACUUCUAGCCAUCGCAGACAAUCCCCCACCUUACCCAAAACUUUUGCCUCCUUCUCCUUUGCAGCCCAGCCAAUCCCUCCCUGCGUCUCUCCCUCCUCAGCCUGCAUCCUCCCCCCCCAUCCCUCCGCCUCAGCCUGCAUCCUCCCCCCCCAUCCCUCCUCCGUCUGCCACAGCCCCUGUUUGCUCUAUAGGAGCUGUGCGCGCUGCGCUCUCUUUGGCCAGGCAGAAAGGGCUCCUGUCCUUAGAGGAGGAGUCUGAGUGGCCAGGUGAAAUGCCGUCUGCUUUCCCUAUAACCUAUUCAAACCCUGGAACUGCUCAACAGCAGGUUUUUUAUGAAUCGCUUCCUUAUUCUGUAAUGAGAGAAUUAAGGAAAGCCAUUGCUGAUUCUGGUCUAAAAUCCUCUUAUGUGACAGGAAUGCUAGAGGGCAUAGCAACUGGUUACAUUAUGCUACCUCAGGACUGGAAAGACCUGAUGCGCAUGCUUUUGUCCCCUGCUCAGUAUGUGGUGUUUGAGAGUGAGUUUAAACAUAGUGCAUCAGCCCUGUCUGAUCCUCAACAUACUGCCAAUGAACUUUAUGGCGCUGGUCAGUUUGCUGAUAUAACUGCCCAAGCAACGCUGACACCUGUACAUUUUAGUCGCACCGCGACCUGUGUACAACGCGCCUUUUGGAAAGUCCCUGUCUCUGGGCAACCGCUGAGCUCCUUUGUAAAUAUUAAGCAACAGCAUUCGGAGCCAUACCAUCAGUUUAUAGAUAGAUUGAAAGAAUCAGUCACUAGGCAGAUUGAUAACACCACAGCUCAAAAUGAAUUGAUGAAAAAAUUGGCCUUUGAAAACGCAAACACCGAUUGCAAGAAGGCAUUGCAGUCAAUCAUACAUCGCCCUAAAUAUGACCUGGCCGAUAUGAUUCAAGCUUGUGCGGAUGUCGGUAGCCAGAGCCAUGCGAUGUCUUUGCUUGCCGGCGCAAUCCAAGCAACCACUAGGUCUACGGGUAACUGCUUUAAUUGCAAGCGCCCAGGCCAUUUUGCCAAGCAAUGCAGAGCCCCUGGCGGGGGGGCAAACAAGGAUGGUGCUGCCUCUAAGGCUAAACCUUCUAAAAAAUGCCCGAAAUGUGGCAAAGGCUAUCAUUGGGCUAAUCAAUGCAGGAGGUCGGGAAACUCCAUUGCGGCCCCACUCUCGGGCCAGGGCAAUUAGAGAGUUUUCCACCUUUAGUUUCUGCUGCUGCAAGCUUUUCAAAGAACACACCCUCUGAAUUUGCCAUUGAUUUGAUCAAUCAGGAGACCAAAGACUCUGUUUUACCUGGUGAAAUUGUUCUUAUGCCCACUCAAUUGGCAGGCCCACUGCCUCCUAAAGUCGCAGGUUUAAUUUUACCCAAAUUUUCUGCGGCAAAAGAAGGAAUCCAGGUUAUUCCUGGAGUUCUGGAUCCUGACUAUGUAGGCACAAUAAUGGUUCAACUCUGGAGCCAUAUGCCCAUGCAAUUAAAAAGGGUGAGUCUUGGGCGCAUUUGGUGGUGCUCCUUCUCAUCCUACUGCUUCUAUUAUGGAUACUAAUUUGCACGAGCUCUCUUCUUUCCCUCCACAGCUGUUAGCUGUAGUCCAGAGGAUUGGUGAAAAGAAACUUCUUCGUAAGUAUAAAAUCAAUGGUAUUGUGCUGGAAGGCUUGAUUGACACAGGCGCAGACGUUUCUGUAAUUUCUAGUAGUUGCUGGGACCCCACGUGGCCCCUUGAGUCUGCUUCUGCAGUCUGGGGUGUGGGUGGCCCCCAAACCUCUUCCAAAAGCGUACAGUGGCUGCCUGUUUCUCUGCCUGAUAGCUCUGAAACCACUGCUUACAUCCAGCCCUGUGUGCUGAAAAUCCACCUCAAUCUGUGGGGAAGAGAUUUACUACAACAAUUACAAGCUACCAUUCAAUUUAAUGAGUAAGCUUGCACUUCCCCUCAACUGGAAAUCUUCUGGUCGUGUCCUGGCUAUACGUUUAAUUACAUUCCAGCAAACAUCAGCCAUGGCACACCUUGCUGUUUAAGCCGUUUGUCCAUCAUUUUACCCAAGAAGCAUCAUUUAUCCCGCUCUCGAUAUCGCCGCUCUGUGGAAUUGACUAAUGAUUGUGAUGCUUUUGUCUCUCUUCUCAGUAGGUCUGAAUAUAUCUCUUUAGCUGUUUCUCUCUUAGGAGUCCCUGGAUCGCCUGUGCGGAAUCGUAUGAACAUUAAUUCCUUAGCUUAUUCUGCAGCAAAAAAGCCCUGAAUUAUACUUCUCAAGCCCUUCACCUUUUGAAUAAAGAACAGAGUGAACUACAAAAUGGACUUUUACAAAAUCAUGCUAUCGAUUAUUUGCUGAUGCUUCAUCACUAUGGCUGUGAACAAGUGAAUGACAUGUGUUGUUUCAAUAUUACUGACAAUUCUAGGGCCAUUCAAAGCCAAAUCUCUCACUUGCAAAAUCUUACACAUCACAUUAAACAGGACGUUGGAUUUUCUGGCCUCUGGGAUUCUUUCACCCAGUGGCUUACUGCUUGGCUGCCUAACCUUACUUGGCUUCGUAGUCUUUUUCAAUAUGCUAUGGUCAUAAUUUGUAUUCUUAUUUUGCUAUGCUGCUUCCUUCAAUGCGUUCCUAGCCUCAUAAGUCUUUUCUCUCGACUUCUCUCUCCCCCUCAACCACCCAGUAAACUCCUUGCUGCUUACUUUGCGAAAUGGCAACACCAACAGUAAACCUUAGGGGAGAUGUGGGCAGAUUUAUUUUGGGCAUGCGCUGGCAAACCACGUAUCCUGAAGUAUUUUUGUCCCAUCGACCCUGGCGAACUUAUUUUGGGCAUUUGCUGGCACACCACUAAUCCCGAAGUAUUUUUGCCUUAUCUACCUAGAACGCCUCGCAAACAAGAAAAGAAAGGGGGAGAUGAAGGGAAGUUCUCUUUCUGCAGUUCUCUUACUGCGAAGUUCUCUUUCUGCAGUUCUCUUACUGCACAUAACUCUUGCAUUCUGGGAAAUCUCGCUCAUAAUCUUUCCUCUGCUUCUGCACAAGAGUCUGAGAAUGUUCUGAACAGUUCCCAUUGAGUUCAUGAAACAGUGUAUCCUGACCUGUUUUUAAUGCAUUGCUGACCACAUCUACGGAACGUGAUUGUUGUAUUCCUUCAUGUUAUGUUCUUUCAAUAUUGUCAGGGGUUCAGGGAGAGAGGCACAGGGUAGGCAGGAGAUGGAGAGCGAUGGGGAUGAAUCCCAAGCCAGCGAGGAAGAGGAUGACAAUGACUCAAGAGAUUCCAUGAGUCUUUCCAGCGAAUCAGAGGAUUCCCAGAAGGGGCGUCGGUGGUCAAGGCCAGGGGAGCCCCAGGGGGGACGUGUCAGGAGCAGGGGGCCAGCGGAGGAUCCCAAAGUGGCAGCUGGGCGUCAGGACCAGCCUCCCCACCAGAGUGCAGCGAAAGGGGUGGAGUUUCCAGUGUGUCAGGGGAAGCAGCUCCGGCAGCAGAGAAGGGAGGGAGGUCAGAGCAAGCCGCCCUCCCGGAAGGGGAGGGGAGCAGUGAAGGGAGUAGUGUAACUGUCAAAAGGAAAGUUAGAGGUUUGGCGCGCGCGCCAAGUUCAAAUGUAGAGGCGCGCGGAAGUACAGGGAGCCCGGAGGAGGGGCCAGGUCCCAAAGCCCGCAGGAGAUCGGAAGAGCAGUCUGAUUCCGCGUCAGAGGAAUCCAGGAGGGCGAAACCCCAGCGGGCAGAAGGACCCUGCGGAAAAGGAAAGAGAGAAAGAGGUGGAGCAGCGCAAGCCUCUUAAAUUGGUGCAGGGGAGGGACGGAUUCAGAGGGGACUUCAGCGGUCUAAGCGUAGCAGACGUAGGGCUGCGCGCCUAGGAUGUCAAGCAAACAAUGAACUGCAAUAAACACUUUUGUAUAUAAGAAGACAUAGGCGUUGGUCUUUUGUGAGCUGAGACUUGAGGCAGCCCUGACAGUAAGUCCCCUCUCAAAAAAACCGCAAAUUUUUCUUUUUUUUUGCAAAGCUCACGAAGUUUGGCAGAGAUGACUACUGAGGAGCAGAUAACGACCCUGCAAAACGCAGUCACUGAACUCUCCGUUGCAGUACGGGUCUCUCAGAAGACGGUUGCCGACGCAGAAGCGCGAUGCCAGGAUCUGCAAGAAAGGUGGGAUCGGGCGUGCAAAGAGGGGUUCCCGGGGUCCAGAUCAGAGGGAAUCGGACUCGGACGGAGGGGGGGCAAUUUAGUAGCCCACUUCGAUGGGAACCUGAAGCAUUAUCCCAAUUUCAGAGCAGACGUCGUAUACGCGCUGCAUUUGCUCGAAACGACUUCAAAGAUGAGGAGGAAAAAGUAGGCUUUAUUGUGUCCCAUUUGCAUGGGGAAGCUAGAACCUGGUUACGCAAUUUGUGGCGCGAAGAUGGUCUUGCACGCAGGGACUCUGACGAAUUUAUCAAAGCCAUGGACGCUUGCUUCCAAUCUACCGUUGACGUUGAUGUGGCGCGCCAGGAGAUGCAUGGAUUGCGGCAGGGCAAGGCUACAGUGCGUCAGUACCAUUCUCGCUUUUUUGCAUUGCUGAAUGUGCUGGGCUGGGAAAAGGACUCCCUGGCAGUGAGGGACUUGUUCUGGGAAGGGCUUCAUGGCUCAGUGAAAGAUGAGCUGGCUAGGGAGACAGACCUCAAACCCUAGCAGACGUCGUGCAGAGGGCACUCACGAUAGGGGUGCGCCACGAAGAACGCCCUUGGCACAGUGAGGAGGGGCGUCACGUCCGCCCACCAGCUAGAGCACCUCCUUUUCCUCCCAGGGACCUGGAACGUACAAACCUUUCGCCUGUGCUGAAAGGAGUGGGGAAGAACCAAUGGAGCUGGGUGGUGCAAAGGCUCAGACAGCUGCCGGAGCCUCAGCGUCCGGAGCAGUCAAAGCGAAGCCUCCUAGAGGGACCAGGAAGUGUUACAUCUGUGACAGUGCACGGCACAUGGCUAAAGAGUGUCCCCAGAGGCUCCAGAAGCACACUGCAGCCUUAGCAACAGUAACAGGGAAGCAUUCCAAGGGGAACAGUUUCAGGGAAACGAGAAUGCCUGGCUGGAAGCAGAGAUGCUGGGGCUCCGCCAGGCAAGUCAGUGAAGCAGUCCCCAGCGCUUUUGCAGCCUACAGACCCCUUACCACCCAAGCCAGUGGUGCAGCUCACUGCUACUCUCCAGCUGCCUAAUGGACUCACCCUGGAAGUCCCCAUUACGAUUGACUCAGGGAGCAACACAGACUUCGUGGGGAUGCAGUUCAUCAAGCAGCAUUGCAUAGCGCUACUACCAGCCACGCUGCCUCUGAAUGUGGUCACCGUAGAUGGCAGGAAGUUGCUGGGUGGGCAAGUGGUACAACAGACGCCACCCAUGCUGCUGAAAAUUGGGAAUCAUCGCGAGGUCAUCAGUUUCAAUGUGACCCAACUGUCAGACACGCCCAUAGUGUUAGGCAUGAGUUGGCUGGACAGACACAGCCCAUCAUUGGCGUGGUACCAGCGGCAGCUCACCUUUGGCUCGUCCUACUGCGCACAACAUUGCAUCCAGAUCGGCCAGGAGGAGGAGGGCCAGGAGGAAGGGCAACAGUUGCAUCUAGGCAUGGUGCAGGCGGUGCCCCACAAGUACAAGGGGUUUUUGGAGGUUUUCUGCGAGAAGGAAGCUGACCACUUACCACCCCACCGGCCCUACGACUGUGCAAUUGACCUCUUACCAGGGGCGACGCUACCGACUGCGAAGCUGUAUUCCAUGUCUGCAGAUGAGAUGCAGGAACUCAGGGAGUUCAUAGAUCACAAUUUGAAGCGGGGAUUCAUCCGAGAAUCCAAGGCAGUGGGGGGCAGUCCUGUGUUUUUCGUGAAGAAGAAGGACACGCCCCAAAAACGGCUCAUUGUGGACUAUAGGGCCAUAAACUCGAUGACAAAACCCAAGGCUUUCCCCAUGCCCAAGAUUGACGACCUGCUCGCGACGGUGAGGAAGGGGAGGAUCUUCACCAAGUUGGAUCUACGCGGAGCAUACAAUCUAAUACGCAUGAGGGAAGGUGACGAGUGGAAGACGGCCAUGUUCACGCCGCUGGGCACCUAUGAAUACAGAGUUAUGCCGUUUGGUCUCCAAAAUGGCUCCCACUGUUUUCAAGCAUUCAUGCACCACGUGCUAGCAGGACUCCUCUACAAGAAGUGCGUAUGCUUUCUCGACGAUAUUCUGAUCUUCUCAGAAUCGCAGGAGACUCACGAAAGAGACGUAAAGGAGGUCCUGCAGAGGCUACGGGAGCACAGACUCUACGCCAAGCUGGAGAAGUGCCAGUUCGACGUGACGGAGGUGGAUUUCCUGGGCUACCAGCUGUCCGACAAGGGACUAGCCAUGGACAGCGCCAAGGUCCGCGCGGUGUUGGACUGGAACAGCCCGCGCAAUCGGAAGGAGGUCCAGAGGUUCGUCGGCUUCGCCAACUUUUACCGCAAGUUCAUCAGGGGUUUCGCGAAAGAGACGGCAGCUAUCACGGACACCCUCAGUUCCAAGAAGAAAAGUUCACCUGGACGGACCAGGCGGAGCAGUCCUUCAGGAGACUUAAGAGUCUCUUCGCGUCCGAAGACCAGUUGCUACACGUGAAUCCCGGCAGGCCCAUGCGGGUUGAGACUGACGCAUCUGACAGAGCAGUGGGGGCCGUCCUCUUGCAGGAAGAUCCGCAAGGGAACUGGAGGCCCUGCGCUUUCUAUUCCCGGAAGCUCAGCAAGUCGGAACAGAACUACACCAUCUGGGACAGGGAGUUGUUGGCCAUCCACGCGGCUUUCAAGGCGUGGCGGCACUUCCUCAUCGGAGCCAAGCACACCGUGCAGGUCCGCACGGACCACAAGAACCUAGAGUAUUGGCGCACGGCGAAGCUCCAGAGCCAGAGGCACAUGAGAUGGGCGGAGUUCUUUGCGGAUUUCGAUUUCCGGAUAGAGUAUAUCCCGGGAGACAACAACGUCAUAGCGGAUGCGCUCUCCAGGAAACCGCAGUAUCUCGAGGAAGCGGCACCAGUGGCAGCCAGGCACAUUUUCGCACCGCAAGCGUGGGCGUGCGCUUCCGCCGCCGUGGACCUGGACGCGGUACGACGCGCGCUACAGACGGAUCCGUUCGCACAAUCCAAGAUGGAGGAGGUGCGAAGAGGGACAGCAAAGGACGGCGAAUUCCAGAUACGCGACGGCCUGCUGACCCGCAAAGGUGCUCUCUACGUCCCGGGAGACGAUCUCCGCGCGAAGGUUUUACAGCAGUUACACGACGCCCCCAGCGCGGGUCACUUCGGCAAAGAAAAGACGGCGGACUUAGUAGCCAGAGACUUUUGGUGGCCCCAGAUGCGGGGAGAGGUCGCGGAUUACGUCGCCAGGUGUGACACUUGUCAGAGCUCCAAGCCAGUGCACAAGAAGCCAGCGGGAUUGCUGGAACCGCUGGAGACGCCACUGCAGCCGUGGGAAAGGGUGGCGCUGGACUUUGUUACUGAUCUGCCCAGUUCGCGGGGCAAGACGGCGGUGCUUGUGGUUGUAGAUCUGUUCACCAAGAUGGCGCACUUCAUUCCUUGCGCGAAGGUGGCAACAGCGGAACAGACCGCCAAGCUGUUCAUAGACCACGUGUUCCGGGUGCACGGCUUACCGUGGUCCAUCCUGUCCGACCGGGGUCGCCAAUUCAUUUCCAGUUUCUGGCAGAAGCUCCUGGGCAUCCUGAAUGUCAACAUCAACUUAGCGUCGGCGAGACACCCGCAAACCAACGGCCAAGCGGAGAGGGUCAACGCCAUCAUGCAGCAGUACCUGCGAUGUUACGCCAAUCAAAAGCCUGCAACUUGGGUGGACUACUUACCGAUGGCCGAGUUUGCCUACAACAACACGAAGCACGCGUCAACGGGGGUGACACCGUUCUUCGCCAACAAUGGGCGACAUCCCAGAACCUUCCCGGCGUUGGAGACAACGACGCAGGGAGAGUCGCAGGGAGCGGAGCAUUUAGCAGCAGAAUUGCAGGAGGUCCACGAGGAGCUACGACGGCACUUGGAACUAGCUAAACACGCCUACAAAGUGCAGGCAGACAGGCACAGGAGGGCAGGAGAAGACAUCCAGGUGGGGGACUGGGUAUGGUUAGCAGCCCAGGCGGUGCCGGCCAAGUCGUUAGCUAAGAAGAAGCUAGGACACAAACAGCUAGGGCCAUACCAAGUUGAGGGCAGGAUCAAUCCCGUAGCUUUUCGGUUGACCCUCCCAGAGGAUUCCCGAAUGCACCCGGUCUUUCAUAGGUCGGUGCUUACACCCUACAAGGCCCCACACAGAUUUCAGGAGCCAGGGAUGGCACCAGACCCACUUAGAAAGUCACCGGGGGGGGGGAAGUCACCGAGGACCCCGACACUCAACGAGGUCACGGAAAUUCUGGACUCGAGAUGGGGGGAGGAGGGAGUGGAAUACCUCCUCGCCAGGGAGGUACCCCGGCCAGCGCCAACAGUUGGGUGCCAGAUUAUGCUCUGGAGGAACCUUUGCUUAAGGACGAGUUCCAUGCACUCUUCCCACACAGGCCCAUGCCAGCGGAGUAUUUUGACGACUGGCUUUUACCCCACACUUUCAGGCAGCACCUUCCGGGGGUUCUCCUCCGCAGAGGAGACCACGCCGCAAUCGAGCCCUCCAAGGGGAUCGUGCUCGGGGGUGGACACGGACCGCUCUUAUUGGUGGGACGAUCAACCAGAAGUGGGGUGGAGAAGGGGGCCUUGGCAAGCAGCUUCGCCUGAAGUAACAGGGGGAGGGAAGGGUUUGAAUGUGUCGCGGGAGGACCCCGGUUUCGAGCACUCCUACACUGAACUGGAAGCAGAGGAGAUCGACGUCGACGAUCUGUAUCCAGCAUCUACCCCCGCUACAACGAAGCUCCCGGAACCUGCGCCCGAGCAGCGGAAGGGGGGAAGGGGGGGCUUCGAGGGGGGGAUGGAUGUCAGGGGUUCAGGGAGAGAGGCACAGGGUAGGCAGGAGAUGGAGAGCGAUGGGGAUGAAUCCCAAGCCAGCGAGGAAGAGGAUGACAAUGACUCAAGAGAUUCCAUGAGUCUUUCCAGCGAAUCAGAGGAUUCCCAGAAGGGGCGCCGGUGGUCAAGGCCAGGGAGCCCCAGGGGGGACGUGUCAGGAGCAGGGGGCCAGCGGAGGAUCCCAAAGUGGCAGCUGGGCGUCAGGACCAGCCUCCCCACCAGAGUGCAGCGAAGGGGGUGGAGUUUCCAGUGUGUCAGGGGAAACAGCUCCGUCAGCAGAGAAGGGAGGGAGGUCAGAGCAAGCCGCCCUCCCGGAAGGGGAGGGGAGCAGUGAAGGGAGUAGUGUAACUGUCAAAAGGAAAGUUAGAGGUUUGGCGCGCGCGCCAAGUUCAAAUGUAGAGGCGCGCGGAAGUACAGGGAGCCCGGAGGAGGGGCCAGGUCCCAAAGCCCGCAGGAGGGGGGGAAGAGCAGUCUGAUUCCGCGUCAGAGGAAUCCAGGAGGAGCGAAACCCCAGCGGGCAGAAGGACCCUGCGGAAAAGGAAAGAGAGAAAGAGGUGGAGCAGCGCAAGCCUCUUAAAUUGGUGCAGGGGAGGGACGGAUUCAGAGGGGACUUCAGCGGUCUAAGCGUAGCAGACGUAGGGCUGCGCGCCUAGGAUGUCAAGCAAACAAUGAACUGCAAUAAACACUUUUGAAUAUAAGAAGACAUAGGCGUUCGUCUUUUGUGAGCUGAGACUUGAGGCAGCCCUGACAAAUAUCAAUCUUAAGUUAUAAUUUAAUUAGGAGGUUUCAUGCCUGUCUAGUUUCAGCUCCGUUUCCCAGUCUUUGAUCUAUCAGUAAUAAAUGGUUGUAUGUAAUUCCCGCCUUGUACCUAUGUUAACCAAUCAGCAACAAGAUGCUUUGUGUUUGUAUCAACCAAUCAGCCACAAGCACACCUGUGGCAAUGUUUGUAAUAUUCAAUAAAAGAGAGUUCCCGGGGCUUGCCCCGGGGAGACGCCUCUCACAUGACACCUACCACUCGUCUGUCGUGAUUUCAACCCAACAGAAAAGGUUAUGUAAAGGUUUAAUUUGUUUUUGUUCUAUUUUAACUCAACGCAUUUUUAUAUUUUUUGUUUUGUCUUCUUUUUUACUAUUUUUUAUUGUUCAUUCUUUUCUUGUUACUUUUUGCUUUGCUAUGGUUAAAUUUUCUUUGUAUUUUGUAUGGUUUUUCUUUCUCUUUUUUGUAACUUUAAAUUUGGAAUAAAUAUCAUUAAAAAAAAAAAGAAAUAUCAACAACCUCAGAUAUGCAGAUGACACAACUUUGAUGGCAGAAAGUGAGGAGGAAUUAAAGAACCUUUUAAUGAGGGUGAAAGAGGAUAGUGCAAAAUAUGGUCUGAAGCUCAACAUCAAAAAAACAAAGAUCAUGGCUACUGGUCCCAUCACCUCCUGGCAAAUAGAAGGGGAAGAAAUGGAGGCAGUGAGAGAUUUUACUUUCUUGGGCUCCGUGAUCACGGCAGAUGGUGACAGCAGUCACGAAAUUAAAAGACGCCUGCUUCUUGGGAGAAAAGCAAUGACAAACCUAGACAGCGUCUUAAAAAGCAGAGACAUCACCUUGCCGACAAAGGUCCGUAUAGUUAAAGCUAUGGUUUUCCCAGUAGUGAUGUAUGGAAGUGAGAGCUGGACCAUAAAGAAGGCUGAUCGCAGAAGAAUUGAUGCUUUUGAAUUAUGGUGCUGGAGGAGACUCUUGAGAGUCCCAUGGACUGCAAGAAGAUCAAACCUAUCCAUUCUGAAGGAAAUCAGCCCUGAGUGCUCACUGGAAGGACAGAUCCUGAAGCUGAGGCUCCAAUACUAUGGCCACCUCAUGAGAAGAGAAGACUCCCUGGGAAAGAUCCUGAUAUUGGGAAAGAUGGAGGGCACAAGGAGAAGGGUACUGUAGCCUUAUUAAACUUUACUGAUUGGUGGGCUCUGCGUUGCUCCCAAGGUACUGGCCGGUAUUCUCGUGUCAGUGCUAUAAUCUGGGGCCGAAUCAUUCGUGACAUCAUUUUACGCAUCAUAUUUUGCAGGCAUUGCAUCAAGCAGGGUAUACAGGAGCAGAAAAGAAGCAAGAUUAGCAAGGGGCCUAUUAACAUCAUUAAAAGUCCUCUAAGCCACCUAAGGUUCGGAAGCCACUCAGUCAACCAAGACAUUUCCCAUCCGUUCCAGGUUGGGACAGGAACAUGGGCUACUUUUUCUAUUUCUGCUGCCAGGUGUCGCAUAGCUUCACCAUGGUCAGAGAUGUUAAAGCAACAGGCUCCUUCUGUCAAAUUUAACGGGGCACAAAAUCCGGUGGAACCCAAAAUCAGGGCCGUAACUGAGGACUCAUUCCAAGGCACAGGGAGGAGGGGUAUUCCUCCCAAAGCAUCUGUAGGUCCCAGCGUGCAGACCGUGCAAUUGGUUCGGUUUGCAGAAUAGACUACCAUUUCUGCCAUUUGCAGCCAUUUAUUGUACGUGUUGCGGGCACCCCAUUCUCUCAUUAGCCGCUGGCUUACCUUAAGUGGUGUGGGCGCGGUGAUGGCCAGAAAUAAGAAGAAUACCAUCCUGGCCAAUACCAUGGUCACCCGCAGUCCUAUCUGUGGCAUUUUUAGGUGGAGGGACCUAUUACCUAUUACCUGGGUUACCUCCCACAAAACUAUAUACAAAGCUAUAUAUUCAAAGGGAAAGAAACGAAAAGGAUAGGAAAGGUCCUCUUCUAGUCCACGCUGGAUUCUUAACUACGCUCGGAGAUCAGUGUCCCUACUUCCUCCCCGGACCGUGCUCUGAGAGCGGUAUCCCUACUUCUUCCCCGAGGGACCGGUAACGUAUCUGGGGGCUGCAGACAUUUGUUUGAUAAGGAUUUCUAUUGUUGUGCCCGGUUGUGGGGCGGGUUUCCCUAUCUGUUCAAUUCCUUUCGGCCGAGGGGUCUGCCGAUUGCUGUAAAAAGCGUGCGCGACCUCACCCCCCCCCCCCACUCACCACUCAGGUGGGGAGAGCCUGUAGAGGCGUUUGGAGCUUUGUGGUUACUUUCUUUAGGCUUUCCCCUUUUCUGGUUUGUGCAUCCUGCUUGAGCUGUCCUGUUCGGUUCGGUCCGGUCGCGUCUCCCUGUUUCCGCGGAAACCGUAUCAUCUGGGGGGUCACGUGGCGAAGCUUCGGUGGCCAUCUUAACUGAGGUGCGCUCUGCCGGUUAACACUCGGCUCCAUUCUUGUUGUGGGAGCACGUGGGGAAGCGCGGACGGACAUUUUGGAUAAGGGCGUGUGGCUGGUAAGCUUCUGGCGCCAUUUUCCUUAGCCCACGUGGGGGAAGCUUGGGCCGCCAUCUUGAGUAAGGUAGGGGUGGCUGGCAAAUAUUUAGCUCAAAAUUGACGAUUUAGAAGGGGUUCUGCUUUGGCGCUUCCUGGGCGGGGGAGAAAAAUCACCAAUUUUAUUUUAUUUUUUUUAAAUAAUUUUUAUUAACAGGCCAAUCACAUCACAUUAUCCAAAUCACAUUAGUUCCAAAUUAUACAGCCAAAUUUUAAAUUUUGUUGGGGGUACCCAUACAUUAAGCUCCGAAUGAGUCCAAAACUCCGAAUGAGUCCAAACAUCACUUAUAUUACUGCUUUAAUUAAACAGUUGUAUCCAGUUCAAUCCAGAUAGUCCUUUAUUACUUUCUUCAUCUUCUUAUUGUUAUCGUAUAUUCCUUUCUUUGUGAUCUCUGAUAAUUUUCACAAGCAGAUUGAAAACAGGCAUCCUCUGUGUGAGUUUUGUACUCUCCAGAGAUCAUAUCGCUCAGGGACAGCCUCUGUUCAACGCUUCCAUAAAAAAAAUAAUCUUCGAUCUGUCCUUACUUUUCUCAGGCUUGCCAAAUAAAUCAGGAGGCUCUGUCAGGUCAAGAUUGCGUUCCAACAUUCCUUCUCUUUCCAAUGGUCCUGAUUCUCCUCCCCCUGUCCUUCUUUCUCCGGCAAGCCUGUCUUGGCUUGACGCCAUUUUUCAACUGCAUCAUAAAAAAUUUCCUCUUUCUCACCGUUCACCAAUCCUCUCUCCUGUUAUAAUCCAUCCCACACAGUUCUUGAAUUCCUGCUUGUGAUUAGUAAAAACGCAACGAUCUUAUUUCUAUCUGGGGUGAAGGGUUAUUAAUAUCACAUCGUGCAAAGAAAAAAAAGUUUUUUCCUCCACCCCCGCUUCAUUCCAAAAAUACAGUCUCUUAAUGGUGAUUCAUCAGAAGAUUUACUUAUCCGUCCAUCACUCCCGGUCACAGAGAUCCAUUAAUCAGCAGUCUUAUCUCUCGAACGUUACUUGAUGUAUGUGCUUCAGCUUCAUUCCAAUCGUAUGUUUCCAAUUAUAAUUCCGAGCUGAAGCUAACCAGCACGCGCUGAUUGGAAUCGGCGUCAGGAAGAUCUGCCUUCAUCGAGGGCUCGUGCCAAGUGUUCGGCACCCCCAUCUCUCGGAUCAGGGGGUGCAUUGUGAACACCGCUGGCAAGGCAGCCCCCCCCAUCUCCUUGGGGGGUAGGAAGACUGCAUACUUCCCAUAGCAGCCCCUUAAUUACCUCGUAUGGGUCAGAGAGAUGUUAUUGUCGGCCAUCUUCCAACGCGCCACCUGGUGGCCCCCCGAAAAAUCGCCAAUUUUUCAGCCGAGGUUUCGGGAGUCGCGUUAGCUAGGGUACAGUGUUUCGGUGAGGCCCCCUUUUCUGCUCGGUGAGGCGCUGAUCAGAAGACAAAAGGUGCAUUGCAGGUAGCGGACAGGGUUCCUCGUUCCGCUAGCGGGCUUGGUUAAGAGGAAAUACGUGCGGUUUACUUGCUGCUUGAUAAUUGGGGAAAUUUCUCUUCACCAGACCUUUGAAAGCCUUUCUUGGGGGGGGGUCAAAUAGGCUAUCUCUGCUAGCCGUGCUGUUUCUACUUGCUCAUUGUACAAUUCAGCUUAAGGGUUGUUUCUCGGGAGUGAUUAAUUGAAGUAAUAACUUACGCACCAUAGUGGGGGUCUCAAAGAGGCUCACUUCUUCAUAGUUAUAAGGGACAUACAAAGUAGCGUUCGUGGGAGUCAACUGCAGCAUCACUAGGGGGUUUGGCUCUCCCCAGGCAACGGUUUCGCUACAGGCAAUUUAUCUCAAUUAUAUCUGAAGGCAAUUUAUUUGGUCACUGGUGCUUGGCACACUGAACCUCUGAGUCAGUUGUGAGUCGGUAGGCAGCCAAGGCGCACUGCUUAGGCAUUGAGGCUGCAUUAGUCCUGCUCUAAUUCUGCGUGAUUUUCGGUUUACUGUGGUUAACUCUUCUUCCUUCCUUGUGAGCUUCACUAAUAACGCCUCAACAAUACUUUGGUAUAAAAUCUUACCUUUAAUUGCUCACCUUUUAUACCUUGCUAUACCCCUUAUACAUUUAAAUAACUCUUAUCUAUAAUAUCUAUUAUCUGAAAUAGACAGGUUCUUUAGCGGCUGGCUGCCAGUGUAGGAAAUACUGAACUAGUUCUGCGGUUCUCCUCUAUAUCCAGUGUCGAUAUUGCUGUGACACCUACUAGCAGGCACACUUUGCCUUCCUUCCUCUUUCCUCCUUGUUAGGGUGAAAUAAAAUAAAUAAAUAAAUAAAAACAAAUAAAUAAAUAAUACAAAAAAUAAAAUUAUAAUAAAUAAAUAAAUAAAUAAAUAAAUAAAGGGGGGGAGACAGUGUGAUCAAUACUGAACUAGCUGUUGGGUGAUUAUUUUGAAGGUUUCUUUUCUUGUCUUUUGUAAGUAGGAUGGCUUCCGGUGGAAAUCAGCAGUCAUCUUCCACAGGUAACGGGGGCGCCCAAUUGCCAGCCAUGCCGUGUGACCCACAAGCUUUUGCUCAAUUUUUCACGGCUUUUGAAACCUUCUAUAGGCACUGUAGGCCAAGGGUUCUCGCACUCCCACCUCCGGAAGCAUCGCAGGAUUUUAUACCCGACACUCCUCUUCCCUGCCAGGCGCAAGCUGGCACAACAGCUUCUGCGUCUGACGACGCCCAACUCGAAAGCGCCUCUGCCGAACGCCCCCACACGCGCUCCCAAUCACUGAGUUUGAAACCCACUUCAGGUUCCAGUAAGGGCAAGGCCACCGCUAAGGGUACCAGUAAGGGUAAGGCUCAGGCAAAGGGUGCCAAUAAGGGUAAGGCGCCGACAAAAGGGGCCAACAGCAAUUCCACUUCACAGGUCCUAGACUGUUAGGUAGAUUUAUUGCUUUAGUGUUCGGCGUCCGGCACGCUUCCCCUGCACGCCUCUGCAGGUCGUAAAGCAAUUAGCAGAAUUGCACAGCGUCCGUGUUGAAAGGGCAGUAAAACAAGUCCCACACGUUUCUUCUGUCCUUAUAUCACUUUAUUUGCUCAAAAGUAGCAUAUUUACAAGCAAGAAAUUCCAUCUGAUUCAAGCUGCAUCUUCUCCCUGUUUGCAGCUGCGUAGCUAAGCUGCUUUCACUUUUCACUCAGCUCACAGCAUUCCAUGCUGCUUUCGUCACGUCCUGGCUUACUUCCCUUGUAAGCGCCUCCUCUCAGCCUCGAGACACAGAAGGUUAACCCUUCACUACACCCAACAUAGACAUCUCUAGUGUUUUUCAGGAGCAUUCCCCUCAGCACAGUUCAACUGAAGGUGGCUCGGGUUCCGGCUCAGAGGAUGAGCAGCAGGUACCCCAAGCCGCCCCACCAGCAACCAGCGGGAACCCGGCCAACAGUGAGGUGCAAGGGGGCAAAAGAAAAUCUAAAAAGAAGCACACUUUGGCGAAGAAGAAAAGAAGUAAGCAAUCUGAUACAGAAGAUGACUCAGGUACGUCCUCCUCCGAUUCCGAUAGUGAUAGUCCUAUGGAGGGGUACUGGGGUUAUGGCGAGGAUAGUCAUGGGCUUCCUUUAUGGGCGCAUGAAAGAAGAGCCAAUUCACACCGUAAGCCCUUUAAUGGAACAUUGGAAUGGAAGGAGGGGGCGUUGGUGGAAGAUGUUAAGAUUUCCACCAACUUGUCUACGGAUUUCAUUUUAGGUAACCAUUUGUCACAGAGAAAAAGGAAUAAGAUUCUCAAUGGCAACUACGUAAAUAUAUUUACCCUCCUACCUCCUACCAAAUUAACGGGGAAAGGGGAAAAGAGGCGCUCCUUUGGUAAGCAUAAAUACAGGACGCCGAGGGCCGAGCGCACCUUUGACAACUGGUUAGACGGGUUCUAGGUUUUUAUGGGAGUAGUCUGCGUGGCUUAUCCUAAACAGGCCAUGGAUCUGGUUGCUUAUCUGGCUUACGAGAGGCGGGCUCAUACGCUGGCUGGUGAGACUGCUGCAUUAACAUAUGAUGAGAAUUUUUGUAGAAAUGCUUCUCUACUACCCUCUACCCGUUGGGACCUAAGGGACCCAAAUUACUGGGGCGAGGACGUUGGCCCGUACAUAGAAAAGAAGCACCAGGAUGCAGUGAAGUCGGGUAAGGCAGAAGCAAAACAGCGCCGCCAGUGCUGGGAGUACAACAGGGGUGUCUGUUCCCGACCUACCUGUAAGUAUCUCCAUGAAUGUGAGCGGUGCCUGGGCAACCACCCUGCCUCUGCAUGCUUUAAAAACAGGCAGCAGCCCUUUCGGGGGGCAGGGGGUACUUCAACAACAAUGCCAGGGGUGCCCCCGGAUCCGCUCACCAGGGAGCCAGUAA